GAUGCCGUGCCUCCCGGCUCGGGAGGAGCAGGAUCUCGGCAGGACCCGCGUUCCAAGGAGCUGGGAGCAGGCACAGGGCAGGGGCCGCGGAGGGGGAUCGGCCCCGCCGAGCUCCAGCAUCGCCGCAUCCCCUGCAGGUCCAGGCGCGCUCCCCCGCGGCACCGGGCCAAGGAAAACAGCGGCAACCGGAUCCCUUCCCGCGGGCGGCACGGGAGGGGGCCGCUGUUUACCCCGGAGCCGCAGCCGGGGGCCCCGAGCCGAGGGCCGAGCCCGAGCCGGGGCUCAUUGCCGGGGCUCAUAGCCGGGGCCAUGGCGCUGCUGCUGCUGCUGCUGCUGGGGGCCGUGCUGCUGGCGGCGGGCGCUGCGCUGCCCCCGGCCGUGCCCCCGGCCGUGCCCGCGCCCCGGGAGCUGGCGCGCUCCGUGCUGGAGACGCACGGGCAGGAGCUGCGGCUGCUGCGGCUGCUGGGAGUGGCCAGGACGAGCUUCGACUGGGGGACGCACUUCAGCAUCAACUUCACGGCCCGGCAGCCGCCCUGCCCCAAGCCCGCCCCGGACCCGCGCGGCUGCCGGGGCCGCCCGGGCAGGGUGCAGCGCUGCUCGGCCCAGGUGUCCGUGUUCACCUUCCUGCCCGACGUGCCGCUGUCGAUGGUGGAGUGCGGCCGGGAGCCGCAGCCCGGUGACAGCGCCCAGCCCCGCUCCCCUGGCACCAACCCAGGUCACUCAUCCUCCUCAUCCUCAUCAUCAUCCUCGGGACCCCCCCCGCGGCCUCGGCCCCCUCCCAGCGCGUCCCUGCGGGGACCGUCCCGCCGCGCCCUGUCCCCGGCGGAGCCGCAAUAAAGAGAUUUCGGGCUCGGA